AUGGAGAAUGUGCGUCGAUUAUACCAACCUCAACAAGGCAUGCCCCAAAGACUGCUACUCCUUGCUGAGAUCGACAAAAAGAUAGACUCUCUCGCACCAUACAGAUGGAAAUGCUUCUUGGAUUGUUACAAGGGGUAUCAUCAGGUUCAAAUGAAGCUUGAGGACGAAGACAAGACAGCUUUUCGCACUGAUCUUGGGAUUUUCUGCUAUACAAAGAUGCCGUUCGGCCUCAAGAAUGCCGGCGCAACAUAUCAGCGCCUGAUGGAUAAAAUCUUCGCUGAAGAUAUCAGAAAACACAUCGAGGUUUACAUCGAUGAUCUGGUAAUCAAGAGUCCCGAAGAGGACCAAAUGUUAAAAGACAUUGAGAAAACCUUCAACUCAUUGAGAAGUGUGAACAUGAAGUUGAAUCCUGCCAAAUGUUCUUUUGGUAUGGAAGAAGGGAAAUUCUUGGGCUUCAUAGUCACAAAUGGCGGCUUUAAGGUUAAUCCAGAAAAAGUUCAAGCCAUAGAACGGAUGUCGUCGCCUCGAACAAUCAAAAAAAUGCAACGAUUGGCCGGCUGUUUAGCCACGCUCAACCGUUUUCUAUCAAACCACGCUGCAAAGUCAUAUCCUUUUAUCAGCACCUUGCGCAACUGCGUAAAGAAACAAGAGUUCAAAUGGACGCCCGAAGCUGAAACCGCAUUUCAGCAGAUGAAAGAAUGUUUGAUAAAGCUCCGUACUCUGACCGCGUCGUUCGAAAAAGAACCACUCAUACUGUACUUAUCUUCUUCGGAUAAGGCGGUAUGGUCGGUAUUACUUGUGGAGAGAAACAGAGUACAGACUCCAAUUUAUUAUGUCAGUAGGGUGCUUACCGAUCCAGAAACGAGAUAUUCAACAAUGGAAAAAUUGGUACUUGCGUUGCUACACGCCUUUAGAAGACUGCGCAAAUACUUUACAGGGCAUGUGAUAAUAAUACUCACCAACUUUCACAUCGGCACUAUUUUACAAAAGCCAGAAACAUCAGGGCGGUUAGCGAAGUGGGCGAUCGAGCUGGGGGUUCACAACAUCUUGUACAGGCCGCGCCCAGCCAUCAAGGGUCAAGUCCUUGCGGAAUUUAUUACAGAAGUCCCAGUAGAAAAAAUCAAGGAUUGCAAGAUUGUUGAGACUCCCGUGAAGGACACGUCUAAUGAGUUAUGGUUGUUGUACACUGAUGGGGCCUCAAAUGAGGAUGGCGCAGGAGCUGGGUUGCGCCUUGUGAGGCCCGAAAAGCAUGAAUUUACAUACGCCAUCAAGUUGGAUUUCAAGAACACCAACAAUGAGGCAAAAUACGAGGCAUUCUUGGCAGGCUUGCGUCUCGCCAUAAAAAUGGGAGCUAAAAAUCUGCAAGUGCGUGUUGAUUCACUCUUGAUCGCCAGCCAAAUCAACGGUCUAUACGAUGCAAAGGGUGAAGUUAUGGCCCUGUAUUUAGAUCAAGCAAAAGAGUUGCUUAAACAGUUCAAAUCUUACAAGGUAGUUCACAUCAACCGCUCCGAGAACAAACCAGCAGACGCUUUAAGCAAGCUCGCUUCAACUUCCUUUCAACAUCUCGCCAAAGAUGUAAGGAUUGAAGUACUCAAAAAUCCAUCCGUUCUGUUACGCCAGGUAAAUGUGAUCGAAGUAGGGCAGCCAUCUUGGAUGACCCCUAUAAUUCAAUAUCUGCAAGAAGGAAUACUCCCGGAAAGCAAAGCAGAAGCAAGGAAGAUUCAAAACAAGGCCCUGCAUUAUGAAAUGAAUGGUGGUAUCUUAUACCGAAAGUCCUUCCUCGGGCCACUGUUGCGUUGCGUGGAUCCCCAAAACGCGAACUAUCUGAUUAGGGAGAUCCACGAAGGAAUCUGUGGCAUCCAUGUAGGCCCACGCAUGGUUGUCGUGAAGAUUAUGAACGAUGGAUACUAUUGGCCAGGGAUGCACGUCGACGCCCUGAAGGAGCUGCGCAAAUGUGACUCCUGUCAGCGACAUUCUCCAAAAACCUUGCGCCCAAGAAACGAUCUUAUACCGGUAUCCACUGCCUGGCCUUUCCAGCAGUGGGGAAUUGAUAUGAUGGGACCCUUCCCGGAUGCUCCUGGCGCUGUUAAGUUUAUAAUCGUUGCCGUCGAUUACUUCACAAAAUGGGUGGAGGCCAAAGCACUAGCCUCAACUACUGCAAUGAUCGUGCGCAAGUUCAUUUGGGAGCACAUCAUUUGCAGGUUUGGCCUCCCACUUAAAAUUGUAACAGACAAAGACACCAACUUUGCUUCUGAAGACCUCCAAAAGUGGUUGAAAGAGAUAAGCAUCGAACACACUUUCUCAUCUGUUGCACAUCCUCAGGGCAACGGACAAGUCGAAAGUGUGAACAAGAGCAUCGUUGAACGGAUAAAAGCCCGACUGGGCACGAAGAGAAGAGGCUGGGUAGAUAAGCUCCCAAGCAUCCCGUGGGCUCAUCGAACCAUGCCGAAAACAAGCACUGGCGAAACUCCUUUCAGCCUAGUCUAUGGCUCGGAGGCGGUUAUCUCAGCUGAAAUCGGCCUGCCCUCGCCGCGCCUGACAGCAGUCAACACUAUCGAUAAUGAGGCGGAGCGUCGUCUUGACUUGGGUUUGCUUAAGGCGCGAUUAUUGCGCGAAUUAAAGAAGCCAAGUAUAAGACACAACUGGAAAGGUACUACAAUGCGAGAGUGCGCAUCUGUACCUUCAUUCCAGGAGAAUAUGUCUUUAGGGACAAUGAAGCUUCAAAUGCUGAACGGCCAGGAAAGCUAG